AUGUGUUUGGCGAAUUUAACUGUGAAACUGCUGUCAGCUCUCCUGCUCUUCCUGAUUCCUCUAUGGGUCAGCUGUGCGCCUCUUGUCCUUCCUCUGGACUGCAGUGACAUCUAUAACCAUGAUAACAGAAAACCCAGCGGAGUUUACACUAUCUAUCCUAUUGGGGCCACUUCGGCUGUUCAGGUGUUCUGUGACAUGGACUCUUUGGGAGGACGGUGGACAGUCUUCCAGAGGAGGAUGGAUGGCUCCGUGAACUUCUACAGGCCUUGGAAUUACUACAAGGAGGGCUUUGGGAUUGCUGCUGGAGAGUACUGGCUUGGUCUGGAAAGGCUCUUCCACUUAAGUCUCAGGAAAAAGUAUGAGCUGCUGGUUGACAUGGAGGAUUUUGAAGGAAAUAAGGCGUACGCUCGUUACUCCUCGUUCUCUGUUGGUCCAGAAUCUUAUGGAUAUACUCUGCAUGUUUCUGGAUUUAGUGACGGAGGUGCAGGAGACUCUCUAAGUCUUCAUAGUGGAUUCAAAUUUUCCACCUUUGACAAAGAUCAGGACGGUUCUGAAGCAAAUUGUGCUAGAAGAUACCUGGGGGGGUUUUGGUACCAAGCGUGUCAUAAGAACAAUCCCAAUGGGGUUUACCGCUGGGGGGCUGAUGGUACCAUCUACGGUGUUGGAGUGGAUUGGGCCACAUGGAAAGGCUACGACUAUUCAUUGAAAGCCAUCAGCUAUAAGAUUCGCCCUGUUCAGUAAAAUGGCAGCAUAAAUGUUUAGCAGUGUCAUGAGUUGUGGUUUGUGGUGUUGAGAGAGAACGCUGACGA